AUGUCGCUGCUGCCGCGGGGCCGCUGCCGCGGGGCCGCCACCGCCGCGGCCGCCCGGCGGCUGCUGCUGGGCCCCCAAGGACGGGUGUCUGGGAGCCAUGUGUGUAAUCAGUACAGAGCAUCAGGUUCUUUGUCAGAGGAAAAAAAAGAGUUUCUGCAAAAUGGACCAGACUUACAAGACUUUGUAUCUGGAGAUCUGUCAGACAAGAGCGCGUGGGCCGAGUAUAAAGGCAAUUUAAAGCGUCAGAAAGGAGAAAGGCUGCGACUUCCUCCAUGGCUGAAAACAAAGAUUCCCAUGGGAAAGAACUACAAUAAACUAAAGAAUACCUUGAGAAGUUUAAAUCUUCAUACGGUAUGUGAAGAAGCACGUUGUCCCAACAUUGGAGAAUGCUGGGGAGGUGGUGAAUAUGCUACAGCUACAGCUACUAUUAUGCUGAUGGGUGACACGUGCACUAGAGGUUGCAGAUUUUGUUCAGUAAAGACAGCAAAAAAUCCACCUCCACUGGAUCCCGAGGAGCCUUACAACACAGCAAAGGCUAUAGCUGAGUGGGGCUUGGAUUAUGUUGUAUUGACGUCUGUGGACAGAGACGAUAUGCCUGACGGUGGAGCAGAACACUUUGCAAAGACAGUCUCUCAUCUGAAAGAAAGGAAUUCAAAAAUCCUGGUAGAAUGCCUAACUCCCGAUUUUCGAGGUGACCUUAAAGCUGUGGAGAAAGUAGCAUUGUCGGGACUGGAUGUGUAUGCCCACAACGUGGAGACGGUGCCACAAUUACAGAGGAAGGUCCGUGAUCCCCGAGCCAACUUUGAGCAAUCCGUACGUGUGCUGAAGCAUGCUAAAGAGGUCCAGCCCGCCGUCAUUUCUAAAACCUCCAUUAUGCUGGGGCUAGGCGAGACAGAUGAACAAGUAUAUUCCACAAUGAAAUUAUUGCGGGAAGCAGAUGUAGACUGUUUGACCCUAGGACAGUACAUGCAACCAACAAAACGUCACCUAAAGGUUGAGGAGUACAUAACUCCCGAAAAAUUUAAGUACUGGGAAAAAGUAGGAAAUGAUCUUGGAUUCCAUUACACUGCUAGUGGGCCUUUAGUGCGCUCCUCCUAUAAAGCAGGUGAAUUCUUCUUGAAGAACUUAGUAGAAAAAAGAAAGACAAAAGCCAUCUGAAAAUGA